AUGCGCCUCCUCAUUAGUGAUGGUAGUGGCUGCGCCUUGGUCGAACUUAGUCGACCCCUAUCCAUGGCUACAACUGCUUCUCCCGUUCUGAACGACACAAAUCAGUCCGACUGGGGCAAGCUCGAGUUAGUGCGCACUUUGCUCGGCCUCGACCCAGCCAAUUGGCGCCGUUUGUGCCGCGCAUUGGAAGGAGAAUUGUACGCCCAAAGACAUAAGCAUCCUGUUGGUGUUCUAUCUGUUCCUCUAAAAACUGACGAAAGGUCACCACAUUUUUCUCCUUUGCAGUUCGCCUUACGUGCUUUCCUCACAUCACCCGCAUUUUUGCGCCCACACAUCUUUACCCUGGAACGAAUUGUGACCGGUGCUGCAUGGAAAUCCACCGGGAACUUGUGGCGUCUUCGGCAGACCCGACUUCAAAGAAACACGGAUGAGAAUUCAGCCGACGAAUCCGGUCUGCUGGUUCGUUUUGCCGUUCCUCCUCUUCAACUGUUCCAUCUGAUUGAAUUGAGCAGUGAUUUCUAA